GUUGAAGGCACUGCAUCAUUAGGCCAACCUCACAGGUCGAAUUUUAAGGUCUUUGGAGUGGGAGUAGAUCAUCAGAUGGACAAAGCUUUGUUGAAGAAUGACGUCGAGGUGCCCCAGAUGCACAAAAAAUGUGUUUUUUGGUAAGGAAUAAUUUUUGUAAAUGUAUAGCCCGCGCCAAUGAAAAAUAAUCUGAAUAUUAAAGAUGAUCAGAGAAUUUGGAUUGCAUAUUUUUAAGGGUGAUGGUAAUGAUUUACGAUAACUAAAUGAAAAUUAAAUUAAAAAUUGAAAUGGUUAUUGUAGGGAGAAUUUGUGCAGAUAUGAAUAGAAUAUAAUUGAAUCCAAACCCUGUAUGUCUUGCAAAUGCUUUUGUGAAGAGGAGAAAAAUAUGUGUUAUGUAAACUGUUUGGCAUUGGGGGGACACCGAGAGUGUUGGCGGGCUGCGGAGGCGUGAAUGCCAAGUUGUACCGACUGAUUACGUUGGAUUCGUUGAGUUUUUCAUCCAGAACCGUCAGAAUAGGCUAUACGUGAAGACUUUGUUAUCAUAAAAUAGGACUCUUUUCACACGGUAAAGGUGACGUUUGGUGAAAAUUGCGCAUACAUUCUUUACCAGAUGUCUCUGGAAUGUUGACUGAUUAUUGAAAGACAUUCAACGAGGAUGAGUUAACACUUGACAUGUUCCUUUACUUUAAGGUAGCUUUACUUUAACGUAACCUAUAGGCAAGGUUACACGGGUUAUAUCAGUUAAACCACUUGUUGAAUCUUGAUGAUUAGGAAGGAGGCUAUAGGCUGCAGCUCUUGGUUGUUUUCACUCUCGUCUCUUUCAGACAUUUGUUUCAGGGCAAAAUAUAGCUAUAACGCAAGGUUUUUAACUUGAAGUGAAAAACUGAGCUGAAAUAACGUUACACUUUUGUCUAUUGAUUUAUUGUCUGCAAAUUGAACCCUUAUUUAUGCUGGAGCGUGGUGACCCGUUAUAGGCAGAGGGAGAGGGGUCGAAAUGUCCAAUAACAUUUCAGGGAGAGGGUAGAGUACAAAGUCUGUGUUGGUUAUAGCCUACCCUGUGAAACAACAUAAAGGAAACCCUUUGUAUAAUUUUCCAAAAAGGAGAUAUACAGUGCAUUCGGAAAGUAUUCAGACCCCUUGACUUUUUCCACAUUUUGUUACAUUACAGCCUUAUUCUAAAAUGGAUUAAAUUAUUUUUUCCCUCUUCAAUCUACACACAAGACCCCAUAAUGACAAAGCGAAAACAGGUUUUUAGAAAUCUUUGCAAAAAAAACAAAAAACAAAAAACAGAAAUACCUUGUUUACAUAAGUAUUCAGGCCCUUUGCUAUUAGACUCGAAAUUGAGCUCAGGUGCAUCCUGUUUCCACUGAACAUCCUUGAGAUGUUUCUACAACUUGAUUGGAGUCCACCUGUGGUAAAUUCAAUUGAUUGGACAUGAUUUGGAUAGGCACACACCUGUCUAUAUAAGGUCCCACAGUUGACAGUGCAUGUCAGAGCAAAAACCAAGCCAUGAGGUCGAAGGAAUUGACCGUAGAGCUCAGAGACAGGGUUGUGUCAAGGCACAGAUCUGCAGCAUUGAAGAUCCCCAAGAACAAAGUGGCCUCCAUCAUUCUUAAAUGGAAGAAGUUUGGAACCACCAAGACUCUUCCUAGAGCUGGCCGCCUGGCCAAACUGAGCAAUCGGGGAGAAGGGCCUUGGUCAAGGCGGUGACCAAGAACCCGAUGGUCACUCUGACAGAGCUCUAGAGUUCCUCUGUGGAGAUGGGAGAACCUUCCAGAAGGACAACCAUCUCUGCAGCACUCCACCAAUCAGGCCUUUAUGGUAGAGUGGCCAGACAGAAGCCACUCCUCAGUAAAAGGCACAUGACAGCUCGCUUGGAGUUUGCCAAAAGGCACCUAAAGACUCUCAGACCAUGAGAAACAAGAUUCUCUGGUCUGAUGAAACCAAGAUUGAACUCUUUGGCCUGAAUGCCAAGCAUCACGUCUGGAGGAAACCUGGCACCAUCCCUACGGUGAAGAAUGGUGGUGGCAGCAUCAUGCUGUGGGGAUGUUUUUCAGCGGCAGGGACUGGGAGAUGAACGGAGCAAUGUGCAGAGAGAUCCUUGAUGAAAACCUGCUCCAGAGCGCUCAGGACCUCAGACUGGGGAGAAGGUUCACCUUCCAACAGGACAACGACCCUAAGAAUACAGCCAAGACAAUGCAGGGGGCUGUAAUGUAACAAUGUGGAAAAAGUCAAGGGGUCUGAAUACUUUCCGAAUGCAAUGUACACUGUAAAGGGGUUACCGUGAUUUUGACAGUAGCUUACAGGCAGCUUGGUGGGAAGUAAAAUUCUGUAUUUAAUAUUACAGUACACCUACUGUAAUAUAAAUACGGUAUCAAAGCAAGUACUGUGUAAGGUACAAUACUGUAAUAUUGACUGUAUUAUACUGUAAAAAUGUAGACGGUACCAUAAUCGGAAUAAAUGUAAGUCGCUCUGGAUAAGAGCGUCUGCUAAAUUACUAAAAUGUAAAUGUAAAUUAAUUAAUGAAUAAAUAAAUGGAUUAAUUAAUUAAUGAGGGGAGGGGUUUGUAUUUCACAGUAUUUUAGUGUAAUUAUAGGGGAUUAGUGCAGGCAGGUUGGCUGCUAGGUAAAGUGUUUACAAACAUUAAAGCAUAUUUAUGAAUAUGUUUUAUAUCUCUUGCACUUCUAGAGGCCUUAACAAAGGCUUCCAAACUGGCAGUGACUACAUGGCAAAAUGCUCAACCAUUUAAGGUUUAAAGGUGCUACAGAUACCAUUUAGUAAAACAAUUGCAUUGCAAUUUCUGAAAAUGUCCAUAAUAUAUCUGCAGUAAUAGUUGAAUGAUAGUGUUUCACAGUAUUACUAACCUGCCAGUGUUGUGAUUGGCUGUGAUAUUUGCCUAUUGUUUUUUUCAAAAUGGGAAAGCUGUUUUGACCUUGUGGCUGUGUUAUCUAGUGGAAAUCGGCUCAAGUGGCCAUUGUAGAAAUCGCUCUGUCAUUUCCUGUUUACUAAAAUUCUACACUGUUCGCUCAAUUUCAGUUUGUGUGAGAAAACAAGCACUGAAUAGUGUAGCGAAUUAUUGUACCAUCUAAAUUGCUGGGAAAUAUAUUUUCAAUAACAAAAAAUAUAGUUUUUACAGCUGUUUGAAGCUGGUGGAACAAAACCGAAAGUAAAAGUCUCAAGUGCUAGUCUCCGCCAUGUUACGGGGAAAUGGGAUCCGGGGGAGAUGGAGAUUGGUUUUGAAUGCAGCCUAGCUUCCACACGGGGGAGAUUCUAGGUGUAGCAUCUUUACUCCUAUCUGUCCCCUAUACAUUUUAAAUUGAUGAGGCACUAUAACCACAUUGGAGUUAUAUUUGUACAGCAUUCUCACUCAGGGGUGCAACAAAAUAUGUUAAUUACUGGAAACAAUAACUCCAUUGUUUAUAUUUUGUUGUCAUUUUCUCUCUCUUUCUGUCCUGCAGCUGAGAAAGUGAGCUCGCUGGGAAAGAACUGGCACCGGUUCUGCCUGAAAUGCAAACGCUGUAACAAGACCCUGUCGGCUGGCAACCACGCUGAGGUAAAGGGAACCCUGUGGCCGUAAUAUCCUAUCUACAGAGAGAGAAGGAAGGGAGAGCGAGAGAGAGAGUGUUAGGGAAUGGGUGUGCUAACUUACCCCAGAAGGAAGGAAGGAAGGAAGGAAGGGAGGGAGGGAGAGAGGGAAGGAGAGAGAGAGGGAGAGAGAGAGAGAGAGAGAGAGAGAAUGUGCUAUCCUACACAAGAGCAUGGGAGAGAGAGGGAAGGGGUUGCAUGGGGACGGAGGGAGUAGGACAGGCCACUAACCCCCAUACAAUGUAAAGCUAUUUGAGCAUAAACUGUAUCACAACUAAGGGGUGUUGUCAGUUAAGUGAGUUGCUUUUAGACCCAUAUAUCAACUCAAAGUAAAAGUUGCUGUGGCGCAUCUGCAGUAGAAGUCAGAUAACAGUGGCUGUGAAAUUCAGUGGCCUAGAAAUUCCAAUCAUCUCAAGAAUGACACUGAUUAGUGGCUAUGUCUUUGUGUGUCCCUUUGAUUGUAGCUGGUCUGUGAACCAAAGCGUGGCUUUAGAAUAAUCUGACACUCAUCCUUUGUCCACUCCGAUCCCUCACCAGGCAUCGUGACCCAGAUUCUUUCUACUGUGUCUGCGUGGCACCAUAUUCCCUACACUGUAAAAAUAAAAUCCUGUUGUUUUUACGAUAACUUACAGUGAAUAUAGGGCACUACAUAGGGCACUAUAUAGGGAAUAUGGUGACAUUUAGAACGCAGCCUGUGUCAUACCACCUUUCAUUGUCCCGCUCAGAAGACUCAGAAGACUUAGGGAAUUUUCUAGCUCACUGAGCUGAAUCGUUCUAGUUCAGAAUCUAGGACUUGUAUAUCUGACUGCACCCCCAUCUCACAGACAUGGGACCCACACACACACACACACACACACACACACACACACACACACACACAAACACAGUGUGUCCUCCCCUAAGCAUGGCAGUUAGCCAGCCCAGUAGUGGAAUGGAAUGUUAGCUCAGGGGACGUCUCUAAUUCGAGUGAAUGUUUAAUGGAACGGUCAAGAGGAUUUGUCUCUUGUUUCACCAGGGUGCUUCUUCCUCAAGGCAAAUAUGACACUGAGGAUGAUGGAUGGAAAUAACGAAGGGUUGGGGAAUGCAACUAUUACGACUUCAGUAAGGGUCAGGGCCAGUAUUCACAAAACGUCUUAGAGUAGGAGUGCUGAUCUAGGAUCAGGUCCCCCUGUCCAUGUAAUCUUCAUUCAUUAUGAUCUAAAAGGCAAAACCGAGGCUAUAUCAGCACUCCUAAUUUGAGACUCUUUGUGAAUAUGAGCCCAGAUGUUUGAAACGAAGUAAUUCCAUUAGUACCUAGAAAGUGUAGGGUUAUGUUAUUCCUAGUACAGUAUUAACAGUGUAAUCCUCUUGUAUGAUCCCCCAGGACCCCACGCUUCUGCCUAGUCAUGCACAGUAUAUCCUGUAAAAUGAAAGAAAGCAGCUAUACUGUACAGUCAUAGUAACCGUACCUGUUAAAGGAUGCCUCAUCCACACAGUCAGAUAAGCAAAUAAGCAAAUCCCAGAAAUAAACGUAUCAGAAGUAGUCCCCUAUCAUUUACCAUACCUGUCUACCUGAUUCAAGAUGUCCCCUAUCAUUUACCAUACCUGUCUACCUGAUUCAAGAUGUCCCCUAUCAUUUACCAUACCUGUCUACCUGAUUCAAGAUGUCCCCUAUCAUUUACCAUACCUGUCUACCUGAUUCAAGAUGUCCCCUAUCAUUUACCAUACCUGUCUACCUGAUUCAAGAUGUCCCCUAUCAUUUACCAUACCUGUCUACCUGAUUCAAGAUGUCCCCUAUCAUUUACCAUACCUGUCUACCUGAUUCAAGAUGUCCCCUAUCAUUUACCAUACCUGUCUUCCUGAUUCAAGAUGUCCCCUAUCAUUUACUAUACCCGUCUACCUCCCGAGUGGCGCAGUGGUCUAAGGCACUGCAUUGCAGUGCUAGCUGUGCCACUAGAGAUCCUGGUUUGAAUCCAGGCUCUGUCGUAGCCGGCCGCGACCGGGAGACCUAUGGGGCGGCGCACAAUUGGCCCAGGGUAGGGGAGGGAAUGGCCGGCAGGGAUGUAGCUCAGCUGAUAGAGCAUGGCGUUUGCAACGCCAGGGUUGUGGGUUAAAUUCCCACGGGAGGCCAGUAUAAAAAUAAUAAUGUAUGCACUCACUAACUGUAAGUCGCUCUGGAUAAGAGCGUCUGCUGAAUGACUAAAAUGUAAUGUAAAUGUAAGUAGGAUAACAGAGUUUAAAAAGGAGCGCAAAAUGAAGGAAGCACAGGUGGGCCUGAACAAUGAAGACUCAGCUUGGUGCAUUGAUCCCCAGUGAGGGUUUAUUGUACUAAAACUAGUAAAAUACAAUAAAUAAAACGAUCAAUAAACAAUGGAUAAAAACUAGGCAGUGUCAAGCUAGCGGGGGACCACAUAUCCCCCUGGCAGUGGCAGAAGGGGAUCAGAACUAUUCUAGCCAGUGUCUGGAAAUGCUUUAACACAUUCAUCCAAAUGUGCACUCUAAAUUAUAUUUUUCACUUAUCACAGACUCCUGAUAACUGGGUUUGAUAUAAUUAUAGUUAUAUGCCCCCGUAGUCUGGUCAGGUAUGGUUGGUCACCUGACUAGCGUUCACCAAGUCUCACAGGGCAGGAUACAUGUCAAAGGGCUAUCAUUGAUUUGGAAGCCUGUUUGAUACCCUAACCCAGGGGUAAGUCAUUGUCCUGGCCCAAACACUGGAGUCUUUGAGUUGAUUGAUUCUAGGGCUUCUGAGGCCACAUGUAGCUAGUGGCACCUUAAUUGGGGAGGACGAGCUCAUAGUAAUGGCUGGAAUGGAAUAAAUGGAAUGGUAUCAAACACAUGAAACAUAUGGCUUUCAUGUGUUUGAUACCAUUCCAUUCACUCCAUUUCAGCCAAUAUUAUGAGCCUCCUCCCCUCAGCAGCCUCCUGGGACUGAGGCUACUCAUUCAGGUCAUCUCAGAUCAGUAAGAGACAAAGUCAAGCCUUGUUUCAGUGUACACUAGUUUGGAGACUGUGGGGGAGUUGGUUCAGUGGGCCAGGGAAGAGACAGUUGGUUCAGUGGGCCAGGGAACAGACAGUUGGUUCAGUGGGCCAGGGAACAAUAAAAAAUUGUUUAAAACGUUCUGAAGGUCUCGUAUGUCUUUCUGAGAAGCAGGCUUUUGUUAAAAACAUCUUUCCAUUUUUUUCAUAUAAAAAAAAUACUUGUUGAUAUAGUCAGAGUUCAAAGGAAGCAGAAUUCAUGGCAUGCCAUGGUUGUAUUAUUUAGAGUCUAGUAGUCUUACCCUCCAUGCUGUCUUUGUCCUUUCAUCUUAAGACUAGCUGGAUUUUAAAGCUGCAAUAUGUAACCUUUUGGGUGACCCGACCAAAUUCACAUAGAAAUAUGUGUUAUAGAUCUGUCAUUCUCAUUGAAAGCAAGUCUAAGAAGCGGUAGAUCUGUUCUAUGUGCAGGAUUUCUAUGCUUCCCGUCUUAAGUUUCAUUUUUGCGUCUUUUACUUUCGGUUUUAUACACCAGCUUCAAAACAGCUGAAUAUACAAUAUGUUUGGUUAUGGAAAAUAUAUUUCACAGCGGUUUAGAUGGUACAAUGAUUAUCUUCUACACGAUACUUGCUUGUUUUGUCACGUAAACUUACAUUCGAUUUCUGCAUAGUGCACCUAUAAGGGUUACUUGUGGAUGGAAGGGUUCAUAUGCUUAACCUUUGAGAGGUAAUUGUUCUUACACAGGUCUUCUGUACAGUAUGAGAUAUACAUGGAAUAAUGUACAAACACUGCUAGUUCACUUUCACCAGCCCAUGUACAGUCUACUUCAGGGGUGUCGGUCUUCAAUGAGGUCCUCGCCGUCAAAACUUUUUCGAUGCUCCCUAGCUGUCUAGCUUUCAUUUUUGUGAUUAUUAGCGAGCUGGACACAGUCAAGAAAGUGUAUGAAUGUAGGUCCAUUACCAUUUCUGCACAGUUUCGAUUUGGUUUUAGUCAUUUUAAAGUAUAAACAAUUCUCCCCCUCUCUCUCUCAGGGGUCAAAUACAUUUUUUCAUCAGGGAGGGACAGAGAGGGGAGAAUGGCAUUUGCAUUCCUGAAAGGGAAUCUCAUUCAGGGAACUCUCAGUACUUCUGGCUUUUGAGAUCAUUGAAAAUACAGACAUGCCAAAAGAAAUGGGUACCUGAUCUUAGCAUCUUUAAAGUUAAGUAGACGUUAAAAGACCUUGUCAGAGGCAUAUUCUUAGUUCCUGGACUGUAGCCUACAAUGCUAACACAUUUAUCACACUGAAAAACGCCUUCUCCAUGACAUCACGCCCUCAGUGACAGUGUGACAAUCAACAGCCAAAGUGUGACAUCACACCAGACUGUCAGGUCUGUAACGAAUGCUUGCGGUAUCAAAGGUCGCGUCCCAUUUGGGAAACACAUUCACUCUCCAGAAAAAACAUGAUUUCAGAUUAUUAGACAUGGGACGAGCUGAGUCACAGGCUGUCCUAGAUGCAACGUUCCAGACCUCAUUGUCCGUAUAUAGAUAGACUGAAAUAGGUACAGUGGCUUGCGAAAAUAUUCACCCCCCUUGGCAUUUUUCCUAUUUUGUUGCCUUACAACCUGGAAUUAAAAUUGAUUUUUGGAGGGUUUGUAUCAUUUGAUUUACACAACAUGCCUUCCACUUUGAAGAUGCAAAAUAUUUUUUAUUGUGAAACAAACAAGAAAUAAGACAAAAAAACUGAACUUUUCACCCCCCCCCAAAGUCAAUACUUUGUAGAGCCACCUUUUGCAGCAAUUACAGCUGCAAGUCUCUUGGGGUAUGUCUCUAUAAGCUUGGCACAUCUAGCCACUGGGAUUUUUGCCCAUUCUUCAAGGCAAAACUGCUCCAGCUCCUUCAAGUUGGAUGGGUUCCGCUGGUGUACAGCAAUCUUUAAGUCAUAUCACAGAUUCUCAAUUUGAAUUGAGGUCUGGGCUUUGACUAGGCCAUUCCAAGACAUUUCAAUGUUUCCCCUUAAACAACUCGAGUGUUGCUUUAGCAGCAUGCUUAUGGUAAUUGUCCUGCUGGAAGGUGAACCUCCGUCCCAGUCUCAAAUCUCUGGAAGACUGAAACAGGUUUCCCUCAAGAAAUACCCUGUAUUUAGCACCAUCCAUCAUUCCUUCAAUUCUGACCAGUUUCCCAGUCCCUGCCGAUGAAAAACAUCCCCAGGGACAGUGUUCUCGGGGUGAUGAGAGGUGUUGGGUUUGCACCAGACAUAGCGUUUUCCUUGAUGGCCAAAAAGCUCAAUUUCAAUCCAGCUCUGUGGAGUGUACGGCUUAAAGUGGUCCUAUGAACAGAUACUCCAAUCUCCGCUGUGGAGCUUUGCAGCUCCUCCAGGGUUAUCUUUGGUCUCUUUGUUGCCUCUCCGAUUAAUACCCUCCUUGCCUGGUCCGUGAGUUUUGGUGGGCGGUCCUCUCUUGGCAGGUUUGUUGUGGUGCCAUAUUCUUUCCAUUUUUUAAUAAUGGAUUUAAUGGUGCUCCGAGGGAUGUUCAUAGUGUCGGAUAUUUUUUUAUAACCCAAACCUGAUCUGUACAUCUCCACAACAAAGGUGCCCCUUGCUUAGUGGUGUUGCAGACUCUGGGGCCUUUCAGAACAGGUGGAUACAUACUGAGAUCAUGUGACAGAUCAUGUGACACAUAGAUUGCACACAGCUGGACUUUAUUUAACUAAUUAUGUGACUUCUGAAGGUAAUUGGUUGCACCAGAUCUUAUUUAGGGGCUUCAUAGCGAAGGGGGUGAAUACAAAUGCACGCACCACUUUUCCGUUAUUUAUUUAAAUUUCACUUAACCAAUUUUGACUAUUUUGUGUAUGUCCAUUACAUGAAAUCCAAAUAAAAAUCAAUUUAAACUACAGGUUGUAAUGUAACAAAAUAGGAAAAACACCAAGGGGGAUGAAUACUUUUGCAAGACACUGUAUACACGAAGUGAUGAUUUAACUUUGAAGUUAACAGUGUGUAUAUGCGACACAUGCAGUGAUUCACUAUCAAAAUCAUGUGCGUAUUUUGGAAUACUAUAGCUUUUUUUUUGCUUUCUAAAUGUUACCCUAUGGUCAGUUUUUGCUGUAUUAAUGGUGCAAGCAUGACGCUAAUGAAUCUACGCUCGGGAAACUAUGGUACAGUGAGGCCUUAUCAUUACAAAAAUGAUUAUGAAAAAUAAAUGUACAAAAUAUUUGUUUUGUUUUUUGUCGCAUGGUGCUCACAAAUUAAAACACCAGGUCGCACAGUUUAGAGCCCUGUGUCCACGUCAAUGCAAUUGACCCGCAAACAAUUCCACUGUAAAUGUCAUUUAUGAAUAUGUACCUACACGGUGUUACCACUGUUUCUGACAAUGUAAUAACCUUAUAUGUUAUACUGGGAUGAUCUAAAGCUUUUUACGCAGUGAACAACUUUGGCACCAAAGAGUAUUUAAUUAGAGAGUGACUUCAGUGUUUUUGGAGAAUAUAAUAAUAUGCCAUUUAGCAGACGCUUUUAUCCAAAGUGACUUACAGACAUGUGUGCAUCAAUUUUUUUGUGUAUGGGUGGUCCCGGGGAUCAAACCCACUACCUUGGCGUUACAAGUGCCGUGCUUUUCCAGCUGAGCUACAGAGAAUCUUAUUUGGAGCUUGGGUUUUUCUUACUUUGUUGUUCUUGAAGCGUAAGGGAGUUUAUAGAGUAAUUCAAUACUAUUCUGCUUGAGGACACACAUACACAUAUCACACACACACAAGAGCCUGCUGAGGUCACAGCAUCCUAAAUCUCUCCUAUCCUCCUAUCAGACGGGUGUUAGUUGUCUAAAUAUUGUUUUAUGGGCCAGUUCAUGCCCCGAAAUGCGAGGGAGCUAGCUAGAGCAUAUGGAAGCAGUUUGCUCAAAUGAAAGUCUAAAUUGGGGAGGUGUUUGACAGGAAUUUGGGUUGGAAGGAUCUCUCUGCUCUGCUCGGCCCAAUCCAUUUUAGGACUGACAGAGAGAGCUCCUCCAUAAUUAACUUGAAGGGGUCAGGAGGAGAAGGCAUUUGUAUACAUUUGAAAGACAAAGGCUGCCCUAUGGCCCAGGUCAAAAGCAGUGCGCUAUUUAUUUAUUUUAUUUUUAUUUAACUAGGCAAGUCAGUUAAAUAAAGUUCUUAUUUACAAUGACGGCCUACACCGGCCAAACCCGGACGACGCUGGGCCAAUUGUGCGCCACCCAACGGGACUCCCAAUCACGGCCGGUUGUGAUACAGCCUGGAAUCGAACCAGGGGGUCUGUAGUGACGCCUUAAGCACUGAGAUGCAGUGCCUUAGACCGCUGCGCCACUCGGGAGCCUAUAAAUGUAAUAGGGUGCGAUUUGUGAUGAUGCCAGUGACCGGUCAGCGGUCACAUUCCUGAAAUAUAACCGCUGUCUGAUUGGUUUAAACCCAAUGCUUUAUACUGACGCUGACUGACUGUAAAGUUCAAUUUCAGUGAAUUCUGAACUAUUUCAGUAGUUUCAGCUUCAGUAAACAGUUUAUUUUUGUUUUUAUUAAUUAAUCAUAUUCAGCUAUUACUUAUGAUAAUAUAUUAUGUGUUAAUAUUAGACAUUCUCUGUCUUUCAGCAUGAUGGACUGCCCUACUGUCACAAACCAUGCUACGGAACUCUCUUUGGACCCAAAGGUAAGAGAUUACUGUUAAAAAAGCCUCAUCACAAAUACAGUACCAGUCAAAAGUUUGGACACACCUACUCAUUCAAGCGUUUUUCUUUAUUUUUACUAUUUUCUACAUUGUAGAAUAAUAGUGACGACAUCAAAACUAUGAAAUAACACAUCUGGAAUCAUGUAGUAACCAAAAAAGUGUUAAACAAAUCAAAAUAUAUUUUAGAUUCUUCAAAGUAGCCACCCUUUGCCUUGAUGACAGCUUUGCACACUCUUGGCAUUCUUUCAACCAGCUUCACCUGGAAUGCUUUUCCAACAGUCUUGAAGGAGUUCCCACAUAUGCUGAGCACUUGUUGGCUGCUUUUCCUUCAUUCUGCGGUCCAACUCAUCCCAAACCAUCUCAAUUGGGUUGAGGUCAGGUGAUUGUGGAGGCCAGGUCAUCUGAUGCAGCACUCCAUCACUCUCCUUCUUGGUCAAAUAGCCCUUACACAGCCUGGAGGUAUGUUUUGGGUCAUUGAAAAACAAAUGAUAGUCCCACUAAGCGCAAACCAGAUGGGAUGGCGUAUCGCUGCAGAAUGCUGUGGUAGCCAUGCUGGUUAAGUGUUCCUUGAAUUCUAAAUAAAUCACUGACAGUGUCACCAGCAAAGGACCAUCACACCUCCUCCAUGCUUCACGGUGGGAACCACACAUGCAGAGAUCAUCCGUUCACCUACUCUGCAUCUCACAAAGACACGGCGGUUGGAACCAAAGACCUCAUCAGACCAAAGGACAGAUUUCCACCAGUGUAAUGUCCAUUGCUCGUGUUUCUUGACCCAAGCAAGUCUCUUCUUUUUAUUGGUGUCUUUUAGUAGUGGUUUCUUUGCAGCAAUUCGACCAUGAAGGCCUGAUUCACGCAGUCUCCUUUGAACAGUUGAUGUUGAGAUGUGUCUGUUACUUGAACUCUGUGAAGCAUUUAUUUGGGCUGCAAUCUGAUGUGCUGUCAUGAUCGUCAGGGAGAGACCAAUGCGCAGCGUGAUGAAUGAACAUGUUUACUUUAUUAAAUUAAAGCACGAACAAAACAACAAACGACUCGUAACGUCCACGGUGACAAUGACCGAACACGGAACAAAAACCCACAAACACAAAGGGAAAACAUACAGUUUAAAUAUGGCUCCCAAUCAGAGACAACCAGCCAACAGCUGACACUCGUUGCCUCUGAUUGGGAGUCACUCAGGCAAAACAUAGAAAUCAACAAACUAGAACCCCCAACAUAGAAAUAAACCACAUAGAAUGAACACACCCUGGCUCAACAUAUGGAGUCCCAGAACCAAGGUGUGACAUGUGCAGUUAACUCUAAUGAACUUAUCCUCUACAGCAGAGGUAACUUGGGGUCUUCCUUUCCUGUGGCGGUCCUCAUGAGAGCCAGUUUCAUCAUAGCGCUUGAUGGGUUUUUUUUUCCGGAUUGACUGACCUUCAUGUCUUAAAGUAAUGAUGGACUGUCGUUUGUCUUUGCUUAAUUGAGCUGUUCUUGCCAUAAUAUGGACUUGGUCUUUUACCAAAUAGGGCUAUAUUCUGAAUGCCAAUCCUACCUUGUCACAACACAACUGAUUGGCUCAAACGCAUUAAGAAGGAAAGAAAUUCCACAAAUUAACUUUUAACAAGGCACACCUGUUAAUUUAAAUGCAUUCCAGGUGACUACCUCAUGAAGCUGGUUGAGAGAAUGCCAAAAGUGUGCAAAGCUGUUAUCAAGGCAAAGGGUGGCUACUUUUUAGAAUCUUGUUUAACACUUUUUUGGUUACUACAUGAUUCCAUAUGUGUUAAUUCAUAGUUUUGAUGUCUUCACUAUUAUUCUACAAUGUAGAAAAUAGUCAAAAUAAAGAAAAACCCUGGAAUAAGUAGGUGUGUCCAAACUUUUGACUGGUAGUGUAUAUGAUGAGGAAGAAUGGCUAUAGUGUGCCAUAUAGGAUGCGGUAAACUUUAUUGUCCCAGAAGGGGAAAUUGUCUUGGAUACUCAGUGCUGCUUAUAAAAAAUUGUUUACACUAUACCCAGUACACACUACUCACGCACACACUACAUACAGUAGCACAAAUGCACUUCUUUCCCAACUCACACAAACAGCCAUAAAAGUAGUUGAUUGAAUAAGUAAACAAUGUUAAAAACAUUAUACCAUUUAAUCACACAGAUACUAUACGGUCAUACAAGGCAUUUCCCAUGCAGCAAAGUGCAUGACCUCCUCAGGGGCCCAGAUGGAUAUUUAUAGAUCCAAAAUGACCUCCUGCCUUGGUGCAAUGCUGCCUGGCCAGAGCCUAUUCAAUCGCUACUCCUAACCAGGUGGACCUCAUUUCUUAAAGUUGCUUAAAUUUCAAAGUUGAUUAAGAAGUUGGCCUUGUUUCAAAGUUAAUGAAAUCUUUGACAAAAAUUUGGACCACCCCAAAAUCCUAUGAUUUGUGUGUGCCAUUAAAAAAGUUGAUUCAUAAUUUUGGUGUACACAUCACACCGCACCACAUUACAUCACGUAGGUCUACGCAAUGGAAGAAAUACAUACAACUUUGGGUUUAUGAAUGCAUGAAUGAACUCUGAUGUAAUCUUAGGUGCUUCCCUUUUAAAAGUAAAAAGAACCACAAAAGGGGAUUUUAUAAGCUCAUUAUAACAUUUUUGUCUGACUACAGCGGGGGUGUACUUAGAAAUAUAGGUAUUAUUCUGGGUAAUUAUGACAUGGCGCGCAUCUCUAUUGGCACCCUAUUCCCUGUAUAGUGCACUACUUUUGCCCAAAGCCCUAUGGGCCCUGGUCAAAUGUAGUGCACUAUAAAGGGAAUAGGGUGCAGUUCGGACAGGAGACAGACAUGAUUUCACUACUAAGACUUUAAUUGGAUUAUUCCCCAAUGUGAUGCUUUAAUCGUUUAGUAGUGUAUGAACCCAAGAGCUUAUUGAAGAACUGAAAGAAAGAUAGAUAUCCACACACUGUUGAAAGCUACCACAGUUUAUUGAGUGCAAUGUUUUGAAACCAAAGGUCUUAGUCACUCUAUUGAAAAAAUGACUACAGAGGCAACCACCAACCUAAUAUUACCAUGCCUGCAUAUCACAUGAUUGUUGUGGGGUUGCCACAGAACCUGGAGGAGAAAGUUAGGCGGCAACAUCUAAUUUCCAAUACAUAGGGGAGGCCAAUACAUAGGGGAGGGUAAUUAGACUGGGGAAGCUAAAUGUAAAGUGGGUUACAUAUCUUACAAACUUCCACUCAUAUCUAAGAAAAUGAUUUUGAGUAGCUUCAUAGAUUAUCCAUAAAGAAUGAGAUCAUCCUACAUUACAGUUGAGUUGACCCAAUCCAUACAUACAGAAACAAGGAAUUUGUCUGGAAUGUGUGUGCCUCUGGUGGUUUGGGUAGGAUGGGGUCGUGGUUUGGUUCUGGAUGUUUAAAUAAAGGAACCUCAAACCCAACUGAAAAACAACAGGCAUUUCCCCUUGGCCUCUUCCUCCUCUGUUUUCUGUUUAUCAUCCAAGAUGGAAGUUAUGUAGUAGGACCUCUACUGGGGCUUAAAAAGUUUCAUUUUUUAAAAUAAAACACUGGCAACCAAAUUCCUCUCCUCUCCUCUCCUCUCCUCUCCUCUCCUCUCCUCUCCUCUCCUCUCCUCUCCUCUCCUCUCCUCUCCUCUCCUCUCCUCUCCUCUCCUCCAGGUGUGAACAUCGGAGGGGCAGGCUCCUACAUCUACGACACUCCUCAACCCACCUUCGACUGCCCCUCAGAGGGAUCCCCCACCACACCAUGGACCACCAUGCAGGUCACCUGGAACCAGCCCAAAGGCAAGGGACGGUAGCCUGAUCCCAGAUCUGUUUGUCAUGCUAAACAAUGACCAUAGCAGUUGAGCAAGACAGCACAAAUCGAUUUGGGACCAGGCUAAAGCGACGGAGGGGGAGUAGUGGUAUUAUUAAUUAAGGGAGCUUAGAGUAGCAUAUUGUCUUGAUGAAAAACAAAUACCCUCCUUAGCUCUCACAACCUCACACACACGUGCACACACACAUACACACACAUUCAUACAAACACACACACACACACAGGAACCAGUCCUUUUAAUCAGGGCUGCUCAAAUAAACUGGCCUUGCCAAGUACUCCAAGUGCUUCUACAUCUGCAUUGCUUGCAGUUUGGGGUUUUAGGCUGGGUUUCUGUAUAGCACUUUGUGACAUCUGCUGAUGUAAAAAGGGCUUUAUAAAUAAAAUGUGAUUGAUUGAUUGAAGUUUGACCAUUAAGGGUUAAAUAUAGCAACAUAAAUGGAGUAGAGAGAGGGUUACUCACCACCAAACAGUUGUAAUGACUGUCUUGUUUCACACACAAACACACACUUGCACGCACACACACACACACACAACUGCAAACACACACACACUUGUAAUGACCCUCUCUCUCUUCGUCACUUGGGGAGGAAUGAGGAAUUUUCAUUGGCCAGCAUUGAUUGGCUCACUUCCUGAAAUAUUUUCCCUUAAUGAGGCUUUUCCGAGAGACGGGCCAAUUUUGUUAGUGACACUGCACAUGUGACAAGGGACGCAAUGUUCCAUGUAACAUUGACACAUUACUUUGAGUUAUAUAAAAGGCUGACUUGUAUUUAAGGUACGUUUAUAAAAUAUAAACCCUCUAAAUCAUGACCAUUGAUGAACUUUGAAGUGAUUUGCAGCACAAGAGAUGUCUAACUCUAUGCCUUUAAACAACCAUCUCUGAUUACAAGAUUGACCAACAAAUCUUUUUAAAAGAUAUUCUCCACCUUUUGUUGGGUUUAGCAUUUCCUUUGGAGAUUCACAUUAUUUUGAAAGAAGGGGUGGGGGAGUUGCCGAUUGCUCGAUGUCAUGAUUAUAAUGAUUUAUAAUCUGUUGAAGCUUUGCCUUUUGAUAAAAAACAUACACUACCAGUCAAAGGUUUGGACACACCUACUCAUUCAAGGGUUUUUCUUUAUUUUUACUAUUUUCUACAUUGUAGAAUAAUAGUGAAGACAUCAAAACUAUGAAAUAACACAUAUGGAAUCAUGUAGUAACCAAAAAAAGUGUUAAACAAAUAGCCAGCCUUUGCUUUGAUGACAGCUUUGCUUCAUGAGGUGGUCACCUGGAAUGCAUUUCAGUUAACAGAUAUGCCUUAUUAAAAGUUCAUUUGUGGAAUUUCUUUCCGUCUUAAUGCAUUUGAGCCAAUCAGUUGUGUUGUGACAAGAUAGGGGGGUAUACAGAAGAUAGCCCUAUUUGGUAGAAGACCAAGUCCAUAUUAUGGCAAGAACAGCUCAAAUAAGCAAAGAGAAACGACAGUCCAUCAUUACUUUAAGACAUGAAGGUCAGUCAAUACGGAAAAUGUCAAGAACUUUGAUGAAACUAGCCACCAGAGUUACCUCUGCUGCAGAGGAUAAGUUCAUUAGAGUUACCUGCCUCAGAAAUUGCACCCCAAAUAAAUGCUUCACAGAGUUCAAGUUACAGACACAUCUCAACAUCAACUGUUCAGAGGGAUCAGGCCUUCAUGGUCGAAUUGCUGCAAGGAAACCACUACUAAUGGACACCAAUAAGAAGAAGAGACCUGCUUGGGCCAAGAAACAUGAGCAAUGGACAUUAGACCAGUGGAAAUGUGUCCUUUGGUCUGGAGUCCAAAUUUGAGAUUUUUGGUUCCAACCGCCAUGUCUUUGUGAGACGCGGUGUGGGUGAACGGAUGAUCUCUGCAUGUGUAGUUCCCACCGUAAAGCAUGGAGGAGGUGUUAUGGUGUGGGGGUGCUUUGCUGGUGACACUGUCUGUGAUUUAUUUAGAAUUCAAGGCGCACUAUCACAGCAUUCUGCAGCGAUACGCCAUCCCAUCUGGUUUGGGCUUAGUGGGACUAUCAUUUGUUUUUCAACAGGACAAUGACCUAACACACUUCCACACUGUGUAAGGGCUAUUUUACCAAGAAGGAGAGUGAUGGAGUGCUGCAUCAGAUGACCUGGCCUCCACAAACCCCUGACCUCAACCCAAUUGAGAUGGUUUGGGAUGAGUCGGACGGCAGAGUGAAGGAAAAGCAGCCAACAAGUGCUCAGCAUAUGUGGGAACUCCUUCAAGACUGUUGGAAAAGCAUUCCAGGUGAAGCUGGUUGAGAGAAUGCCGAGAGUGUGCAAAGCUGUCAUCAAGGCAAACGGUGGCUAUUUAAAGAAUCUUAAAUAUAAAAUAUAUUUUGAUUUGUUUAACACUUGUUUUGGUUACAACAUGAUUCCAUAUGUGUUAUUUAAUAGUUUUGAUGUCUUCACUAUUAUUCUACAAUGUAAAAAAUAAAGAAAAACCCUUGAAUGUGUAGGUGUUCUAAAACUUUUGACUGGUACUGUACAUCCAACCUUUUUGCUAUGUAUCACAUGACGUUACUAUUCAAACUGCAAACUGUGGGUUUAUGUGUGGUUAACGUGAAUAGAUAAAUUGUGUAUAUUGAAUAAAUCUGUAAAGUAGCAGAUUACAUUUAUUUUACAGUAGCAGCUGGAUUUGGUCACUAGUAUGUUGAGUUUGUGUCUGUUGCAGUGGUUUGUCCUUAUAUUUGCUGUCUGGUUGGAGGAAUACAAUCUGCAAGUUUCUGUGGGGUUAACAUAUGAGUUUAUGUGGGGUGAAUUUAUGAAUAACCUCCAGUCACUGUUGUUUUCCCAGUUCUUCCCCCUCAGACCAGGACAUUUGCUGGAGAGACCUCACUCUGUCCUGGCUGCGGAAAAGUGGUCUAUUUUGGUAUGUUUUGGUCAGACUGUUUAUGUUUGAUUUAUGAUAUGCAUUUUUUAAAAUAGUUAUUAUUUUCAACAUUUGCUUUCUUAUGUUUAUUUUCUAUGUUGUCUACUACAAUGGACUUGUACUGAUAGGUCGUUCUCUUAGCAGACCUUUAUAUUUUCAAAGCGACAUACAGUACAGUGAGUGCAUACAUUUUUGGUAUGUGAUUCCCUGUGGGAAUUGAACCCACGACCUUAGUGUUGCAAUCGCCAUGUUUUUACCAACUGAGUUCACAGAACCAUGUGCACUGGUUAUUAAUUAUCCUGACAUGCCAGCUGAAUGAGGUGGUCGUAGCGACGUGUUUAUCUGUGUGUCUCUGCAGCAGAGAAGGUGAUGUCCCUGGGUAGGAACUGGCACAGACCCUGCCUGCGCUGUGAGAGGUGUAAGAAGACACUGACCUCUGGUGGACAUGCUGAGGUAUUACAUCCACAUUAUUACUGUAGAUCAGUGGUUCCCAAACUGUUGGGUGAGCCCAUGUCAGCUAACGUUCUUUUAGCUAGGUUUUCUUUGCCCAUUGAUUUUGUUGUAAUUUUUGAGUCACUCAGAUAUCACAUAAACACACAUAAGACAUGGCAAAAUGUGUAGAAUUGCAAGAAAUUAGCUUUAAAACGCAGGUUGACGUUUAUUGUCAUGAAUCUUGCCCUGGAGCCAGACCUGAGUGAUUUCUGCUAGAUGGGCCAGCUGCAAAGUCAAAAUUGGCUUAAUUUAAGGUUAGGGUUAGGCAUUAGGGUUAGCAGUGUGGAUAAGUUUAGGGUUAAAGGAAUACUUCUAGAUUUUGGCAAUGAGGCCCUUUAUCUACUUCCCCAGAGUCAGAUGAACUUGUGGAUAUCAUUUUUAUGUCUCUGUGUCCAGUUUGAAGGAAGUAAGAGGUAGUUUUGUGAGCCAACGCUAACUAGCGUAGCGCAAUGACUGGAAGUCUAUGGGUAUCUACAUAUACCCAUAGACUUCCAGUCAUUGCGCUAACGCUAGUUAGCAAUUGCGCUAGCGCUAGUUAGCAACUUCCUUCAAACCGCACGCAGAGACAUAAAAAUGGUAUUCACAAGUUCAUCUGACUCUGGGGAAGUAGUUAAAGGGCCUCAUUGCCAAAAUCUCGAAGUAUCCCUUUAAGGUUAGGAUUAGGAUUCAAAUCAGAUGUUAUGGCUUUGUGGCUGUGCCAGCUAGUGACCACUGCAGAGCUGUGGGAAGGGCGGCCUGAGUGAAAAAGUUUGGGAACCUGUAGAUGAUAGAAGCCAGGGGUGCUUUUAAGACCCGCAUCAGUAUUUUUGUAAUGAAAUGUGCAAGUAAGGUGAUUUGAUUAAUUUUAUUAUUAACGUCUCUUGCAUCUUCAGGAUGCAAAGCCAACAUGGAUUUAUAACACAAUCUGAAGAUGCAUUGAUGUUGGUAAAUUAAAUCAGACUGAAUCAAACCAAUAUACGUGUAUUCAUCCCCUCAGGGAGGGACAAUUAAGAAGAGCUAAAUGCCCCUUCAUGUAUGUCUUAUUCUGACAACUGUAGUCUAGGGUCAUGAUAAAGCCUCAUGAUAAAGAAUGGGUUUUAGAAUAAUAAUACCUCAAUCAGAUUAAAAACUAAAACAUGACAUUGCUGAUGUUUCCCUUGCUGCAGCAUGAAGGGAUACCUUACUGCCACGUCCCUUGCUACGGCAUCCUAUAUGGACCAAAAGGAGUGAACAUCGGCAACGUGGGCUGUUACAUCUACGAGAAAGAAGGCAUGGCGCAAACUGAAAUACCCAGCCAGCCAGUCCUAGCCACACACUGAAAGUGAGAUGAAUAGCCAAUAGAAAACUCUGGUUAAUAGUCCUCGUUUGGGGUUUCGGUUUGAUUUGGGGUCAUAUCAGUGACUGAAAUUACUGAAUUGAG